UGUAGUCUGUUUUUGCUGUUUCUGUUUCUUCUAGCUAGCAUAAAAAAAAAAAAAAAAAAAAAAAAAAAAGCUUUACCACACCUCCGUUUCCAACAAUGGCUAAGACCCUCCAAAACUUCAGUUCCCUCUGCACCAUUCCCUUGACUCUUCUCCUCCUCUUAACCCUUGUCGGUGCCAGCGAGCACCGCUUCUCAAGACCCUUGUCCCGAGCCAAACUUGGCCUAAAGAAAGAGAAACUGAGCCAUCUCCGGUUCUACUUCCACGACAUAGUCAGCGGCCACAGCCCAACAGCCGUUAGGGUCGCUGAGGCUCCCACGACCAAAAACUCCUCCACGGCUUUCGGUGCAGUGGUGAUGAUGGAUGACCCCUUGACUGCCGGACCGGAGCUGGGAACCAAGCUAGUCGGAAAGGCACAAGGCAUUUAUGCUUCGGCCUCGCAAACCGAGUUGGGGCUUUUGAUGGUGCUGAACUUUGCUUUUGUGGAAGGGAAGUAUAAUGGGAGUAAUCUGAGCGUGUUGGGAAGGAACGCGGUGUUCUCCGCCGUGAGGGAGAUGCCAAUAGUUGGCGGGAGCGGCCUUUUCCGGUUUGCUAGGGGGUAUGCUCGUGCUAGGACUCACAAGGUUGAUUUGAACACUGGGGAUGCUGUGGUGGAGUAUAAUGUCUACGUUCUCCAUUAUUGAUCUCCUCUGUUGGUUAGUACUUUUAAUUUACUUUCAUAUUUUAGCUUUAUAAAGAGAGAGAUGUUGUUUUAAUAAAGAGAGAGAGAGAGAGAGAGAGAGAGAGAGGAGAGAUGUUAGGAUAUAUAUAUCAUGAGAUGUAAAAGAUGAGUCUCUUGCACCUAUAUUUGAGAUUUUGAGAAUCGUAUGUUUUUCUGAGCACUCUGCAUUUUCAACAGUCAAC